AUGUCGUUUCACCUUCAUAACGUUCUCGUUAAGGCGAUAGUUGCGACAAUAGAAUACAUAUUUCGUCGUAUAACUUAUCUACAGCCCGACUGGAAGGGCGGACGGAAAACAAGCACUGUCGUUAAACCUGAAGACAACUCAGCUUUGUCACGACAGCGCCAGAUCUACGUCCCGGAACUGAUGGAUCGGCAUCCAAUAUCUGCUACGUUAUGGAAUCUAAUAUCAGCGUUGCCAUAUAGCUUUUUGACCGGUGUGGUUGGUUUCGCUUUUGUGAAUUUUCGCUCUGGACGAGAAGAGGGAUGGAGGGAUCAACCACCUCUUGCUGGCAGACGAGCUGCGUCAAAAGACGUUAAUUGA